AUCACGACCCAGUUUUUAGGACAUUGUGAAGAGACCGAGUAGUUCAAAUCUAUCCCGAAGUUUGUUGACAGAAGAUUUCUACUGUGAUAAUAAAACCAUGGACAGUAACAAGACUCAAACGUUAUCCAGAAACCCAACCAGGAAACAUCUACAGUCUACAUUUCCACCAAUGAUAGUGGACUACAUGUCAAGUGAUGAUUUAUCAAAACAUCUGGAUCGACAAAUGUCAAUUCAUGCUGAAAAAUAUAGGGAACCAGAACAAGAUGAAGAGGUUGAUGAGGUGAAAGAAGAGAAGAAGAUUAAAAGGAAAGCCAGUAAGCUCAAGAAACUGCCAUCUCAUCAUGGAAUGAUUCUUCAGGGACCUAAUCAAAAACUUCAACAGAGUAUGACAACAGUGCAGGAUGAAGAGGAAGAAGAGGUGGACGAGGAGGAGCAGGAAAAUAUCAGAAAGAUGAAAGAAAAGGAGCAUGAUGAAUUAGUACAAGGUCUUCUGUUAUUGCGUGACUAUUACAAGGCAGAAUACAAAAAAGCAUUGCAGGAUAAAGUGGAUCAGCAAAGAAAAAGCCAACAACAAAGGAAGCUUAAACAUGAUGAAGAAAUAAAAGCUGCAGAACAUCAACAGGAAGAAAUGCAGCAUAAAGUUGUUCGUAAGCUUCCAAGAUCCAUUGUCAUCAAUGAUGUCCAGUUCAAUAAGGGUUUACAAACAGACUUUUACAAAAUGAUCAGUCUUGAAAACCAAAUGAAGAAGGAAGGAUUGCUUAACAAGAACCAUGAAAUCAAAGAAUUCUGGGACUUUAUCACUGUGCCAGAAAAUUUAGAAGAAGUCCUUGAAGAUGGUCAACUUUCGUGGGAAAGGAUAAGAAACUACCACAAAGAACACAACAAAAAAGCAUUGCUGACUCAAGAUGAAGAAAGUGCAUCAUCUCAACAGGCAAAGAGGACAAGCAAGAAAAAAUUUAAAGGUGCAACUGCUGUGUCGACUUGGAGGAGUACUACUCAUGGAAUUCGCACAAUACUUACUCCCUCCACUCCCUGCUCAGGUGUUACUAGAGGAAGCAGGAAGUCAAGUGCACAUGUUUCCAGUGGUAAACAGAAAGCAAAGAAGACUCCAACCCCAACAAUAAUACCAAUUGAACAAAAAUUCCCCAAGGUUGAGUUCCCUCCAUUGGCAGCCUACAGAUUGGAGUUUGGUGAGCCAGAACCGGACCCCGAAGAGGUACGAAAGCAAGAAGAAGUUUAUAAAAGGUUACAGGCAAGAAAUAGUCUUAAAAGAACGCUAAACACGAUGUUCUCACAUGCCUUGGCGAACAGAGCUGCUACUCAGAGACUGAUGGACAAGAAUGAAGACUAUAAUUUUGAAAACCUUUCUGGAACCUCAAAUCUCGAUGAAUUUCACGACUUGGCUGGUGUUCAGGUAAAACCCAGAACAAGCUCCGAAACGAAACAGUCGGCAAGGAUAUCCAGUGGCAAAGGGGAAAAGUGUAAAUCCGGAAACAGUAAGAGAGCUAGCAGGAAAGCUAAGAGUCCAGAAAGUGAUAAUCCAGACGGAAGUGAACCCAGAGGUUCUCUCUCUCCUAAACAAGACUUGGUGGUGGAGCUACCGCCGCUCACUUUAGAUCAGCUUUCCACUCGCUGCACCGUCAAGGAAGCCAAAUGUCUGAGUACGUUUUGGGUCAACCCAACAGCGAAAAAAAAAAACUUGAACAGCCACGAAAAUCAGAAUUACACAGAGGCUGUGUCGUAACUAGUCUCGGAGAGCAGAGAUAUUGACAACCUCAGAAUGAAAGAGCAGAAAUUGUGACUGUAGGUUUACAAAUGUAAACACACUGUCACCAACUGUCCAAUAUACCUUCAUGGAGCAUCUGAAUGAGAGGACACUGGAAUCGUUUUUUGCCGAAUGGAAUGCCAAGAUCCUUUUGGCACCAGCCUCACCCGUUCUAUAUUCCAUAUGGACUUGUAUGAAUAAGUAUCGAAU